CUUCAUCCUAGGCAGCCCACAAUGCAUCGAUGUCUCCUCUGCUCUGCACAUGCUCGUCUUAUUACAAGGCAGAUGCACUCUUCUGUUGGCCGGCUUUCUUCAUCCCCAGGAGCGAUGGCAACGGCAGGAGCACCAACUGUCAACCCCCGAGCGGCCCACAAGCGAGCAGCGAGGGCAGCAAUGCGUCCUCAAGUGAUGCGAGAAGGCUCCCUGUUCGAUCCUGGGCCAGAUGUUGCGCAUGAGAAAUUGGAAUUUGUGUUUCCAGCGUUUGAAUCGGAGAAUCCUGCUGAGGUCGCAGUCCCGCAAAGUGAAACAGACGCUGUCGUGCCUCAUCCAACACCGUCGAUCAACCCGACUCCUGAAGUGCUGGAUGACACGUCCGAACCUCCGCCAGCAGAAGAACCCCCAGACGAAUACGGCGGCGCCUCGGAAGCGGUGUAUGAGAAACUGAUUCACACACUCGGGGAGACAACGGUGAAGAAUCUCCUUGCGCUGAUGCCGAGCGACGUGGUCCGGGAGUUGUCGGAGAUGUGCAUAUAUGCGAGUUUAGACCAACUAAUAGACUGGUGCCAGUACAAUGUUUUUGGGUAUUUGAGGGAGGAGCCCAAAUCACUCGCACAUGGGAUGUUCACCCUCUCCACCCUGAUCAUCCCUACAACCGGAGUCUCCACGAGUAUUCGCCACCGCCUGCGCAUGGCCGGGCGCAUCGACAUCAACAAGCUCUACACCGCCCAAACCAACUCCAAACCUCCGGUAAAUGUACAGCUUUGGAACAAUGCCAAUGAUGAAGACAUCGCCGAGGAAGCAACUUCUCGCCUUGAUAUUGACUACUACAAGCUCCGCCUAGAACAUGGGGAUUAUAAGGCCCAAAUUGGGAUGGCCUUCCUGGAGGAGACGGCCAUUCGACAAAAACUGAAGGAAGGCAAGUAUGUACAAGAGGAUCUGGACGAGGCGAGGCAAAGGCUUGUGCAUUACCUCGAAAGCGCGGUCGAACACAAUUUCGCAGGAGCAGCGUUCAAGCUUGGGCAGCUGUACGAGGAAGGCAUCGUUCUUCCACAGGAUGCGGGGAAGAUGGUUCAUUUCUAUGAACAAGCAAUUGUGCUCGGCAAUCUCGCGGGAGCAGUCCGUCUAGCUGAACUAUACCAAUCCAGAGGCAAAUACCUGAGCAACGGCAACGUGCCCAUCCUCCCACUCGACCGUGCGAAGGCGAUCUUCUAUCAUGAGAUUUCUGCUCGCCGCUUCGCUGCCUCUGCUGCCGCCGCUGGCAUUGCCUACUUUCGCCGACCGUCGGCAUCUUUCAGGGAACACACGCUCUCCUUCGGUGUAAAGCCAGACGAUGCCAGAGCGGCAUUCUACUUGGGCCUCGCGAGUGACCAAGGCAGCUGGGUCAGCCGUCGUCAUUUGGCUGAUAUGCUCAUCCUGGAUCGCACGGACGUGCCGGAGGAAAAGAGAGACGACACAGCGCGUCGUCAGUCCAAACGCGUGCGACAAUUGGAGUACGCUGUGAAUCUACUAGAGAAUAUACCCGACGACAGCAACCGAUCGAAUGUGUCCUUCCUCGUCGGGCUGAAGCAAGCCCGCGAGCUGGCGAACACGCUACUGCAGAAGGCAAUGGCCGGCGAGAGGGCAAUGGACUUUGAUCCUAUGGAGCUUACGCAGUGGAGACCGUGGAGGUCAUCAACACACGCCCUUAAGGUUCUCGCCAGGGAACAAAAUAACCGACAGGGAAGAAACAAAUACGAAGACCGCUUGACACCACCAGAAACACGCGAUUUUCAAGUGAUGAUGGACAAAAGGCGGGAUAUGGAACUCAGUGACCUGCUGAGUCUAGUAAAGGAAAAGAACAGCGGAGCGAAUGGGUCAUGA